AUGUCACAAUCUCGGUCGGGCGCUCGACAGGAGACUCGUCGCUCUCCUACUAGUCCUAACAAUCCACUCUCUUCUACUCAUCAGCGCACUCGUGCACAAACUGCUGCAUAUCUGCUUGGUAUCCGUCCAGAACUACCCAAUGUCAAUGAUGAAGAGGUCAGUUGCAUGAAUGCAGUUCAGAUAUUUUACGAAGGAAUGGCCGACCAGCCAAUAAAAGAACUUACCGCAGAACAGUACCAGGACACUAAGCUCGACAAAAUCGAGUUCCAAGUGCCGUUGCAUACAACGGAUACGAACAAAUCAACCACAUACGUGGACAGGUUACAUUCCGAAUCAGAGUCUCAACAGGACAUUUUUGACUCCAUUAAGGCGACCAUGGAUGUUCCAGAUAAAUAUGAACACUUAGGCUGGCGGUUGUCUACCGCCUGCCGCACGGAUCCCCCCCACCGGCUUUUGACUGUGCAUGAUAUUGAUAGUGCAUUCAGGGAUGCGAGGGCGGCCAAGACCUCUGGGAGACAAUGUAAGAAGAUCGCCAUUGUAAUCAUCAAUACGAAACCCACACCAAAAGAAAAACCAACAAAACAAAGGACAAGCAUAUCUUCUGCAAGCGAGCAGGGGCUUUUACCGCCCGGGAUACUCGUGAUCUCCGACGAGGCACCUGUCGGACAACAAGGAAACUUUUUGCCUCAAUCGCUGAAGAGGACGUAUGCACUUUACCUGGAUAGCGAUGAGGAAUCCAGUAACGACGAACCGUCGCAAAAUAUCACGGACGUCAUGACGAGUAUCCACUCUCGCUAUCCUGCCAUGAACUUCCGUCAAUAUGAUGGUAAAUUGAAAGAUCGUGGCAUAUUGUACCUGUCGACUGCAGCUCAUUUUGAUGAACAUUCUCGUCGCCAAGUUUGGAGUGAAGAAAUCAGAUGCAGAUAUUCCAAGGGUGCUGAAUAGAAACAGGAACAAAAGCACUA